AUGACAUGCAUUGCUCUCGGGGUGCUCCUGGCCCUGCUGCCUCUUGCCUCAACCCUACAGAGCCAAGCAGGUACCCGCAGGGGAGACCAGACACCGGAGCCUGCUGAGCCCGCCCUGCGCCGGCUGACCCACUACCUGCUGGCCCACUACCAGAAGGGCACCCGGCCUGUGCGGGACUGGCGAAAGACCACCAACGUGGCCAUUGACCUCAUGGUCUAUGCCAUCCUCAGCGUGGACGAGAAGAACCAGGUGCUGACCACCUAUAUCUGGUACAGGCAGCACUGGACAGACGAGUUCCUCCGGUGGGACCCGGCGCGCUUUGACAACGUGACGCAGAUCUCCCUCCCGGUGGAGAGCAUCUGGGUGCCAGACAUCCUCAUCAACGAGUUUGUGGACGUCGGAAAGUCUCCCCCCGUCCCUUAUGUCUAUGUUGACCACCACGGGGAAGUGCAGAACCUCAAACCUAUCCAAGUGAUGACUGCUUGCAGCUUGGACAUCUACAACUUCCCCUUCGACGUCCAAAACUGCUCACUCACCUUCACCAGCUGGCUGCACCACAUCCGCGACAUCAACCUCUCGCUGUGGCGGCAGCCGGAGCUGGUCAAGUUCGACCGGAGCGUCUUCAUGAACCAGGGCGAGUGGGAGCUGCUCUACGUGCUCAGCCACUUCCAGGAGUUCAGUGUCAAGAGCAGUGACAGCUACGCUGAAAUGAAAUUCUAUGUAGUCAUCCGGAGGCGCCCCCUUUUCUACACUGUCAGCUUGCUGCUCCCCAGCAUCUUCCUGAUGGUUAUGGACAUUGUGGGCUUCUAUCUGCCUCCCAACAGUGGCGAGAGGGUCUCUUUCAAGAUCACUCUCCUGCUGGGCUACUCAGUUUUCCUCAUCAUCGUAUCCGACACACUGCCAGCUACUGCUGUUGGCACCCCGCUGAUAGGCAUCUACUUUGUGGUGUGCAUGGCACUGCUGGUCAUCAGCCUGACGGAGACCAUCCUGAUAGUGCGCCUGGUGCACAAGCAGGACUUGCAGCCCCAUGUCCCUGCGUGGGUGAAGCACCUGCUGCUGGAACGAGCCACUGUUCUGCUCUGCAUCCGGGAUAGGACCAAAUUUAUCCAGAGCAGGACUCAGAGCAUGGACAUCUCUGGGCAGGUGGAGAGCAAUGACAGCACAGCCAAGCUGAACCCCUACAGCUGCGAGGACCCUCGGGAGCGUGAGGCAUCUGGGGAGGCGAGGCCCAUGCUGGCGGAGGGCUCCCUGCUGACCCUGGGUGUCCUGCGCGAGGUCACCGCCAUCCGCCGCUUCCUGGAGAAGCGUGAGGAGUUCCGCGACGUCGCCCGCGAGUGGCUCCAAGUGGGCUACGUGCUGGACGUCUUGCUCUUCCGGGCGUACCUGGUGGCCGUCCUGGCCUACAGCAUCACACUGGGCACCCUCUGGUCGGUGUGGCGGGAUGUCUGAGUGGCACCCGCUGGUGGGGGCAGGACCGGGAGGGACCGCAGACACUGUCUCCCCCGGGACUGGCCCACACACCGCCUUCCCUCACCAUCACCUGGACACAAGUGCAGGGCUGAUGGAUGUACCGAGCGCCUAUGGCCCUGCCUAAGCCUGGCACCAUAGUGUCUCCCGUCCCAAACCCGGAGCUCCUCGGGACCGGCCCCAGGGCGGCCGCUGCUUCAGCACCGCGGACAGCGGCACCUCGCCAGACUUGGCCCCAGGAGGUCCCCGCCGCACCGGGGGGCCUCUGUUGUACAGGAGGCCUCGCUGUACCAGGUGAUGUCUGCUGUACCUACUCCCUAAGCCCUCCCCUGUCCCCAGGCUCCUGCACCUUUCACCCCGGCUGUCCUGAAGAAGCUGCAUGUAGGAAGCACCGGGGACCACCAGCCCCUGUUCCCCAUUCUCCGUUACUCUGCCCACCUGUCAGGCUCCGCACACGUCUUUGUUCCCACCAGUAUUUGCUCAGCAGGUCCCCAUCACAUUCGUGCCCAAUGGUGAACUGGGGGAGAAUCAGUGCCAGUCAAUGGCAAACAAAUAGGGGUGGCAAUGGGACUGGCUCUGGGGCUAGGCAGUGCAGGAAGGGUCCCUGGUUGCUGCCUCAGCUCUGCUCUGUCCCUCUGCUCCCGAUGUCAGAAUAGAGGCAUGAGGCCAAGAGGAGUGGAAGAAAACAGAGCAGGGAGAUGAGCCCAAACCACAUGGAGCAGAGCUGGUUAGUGUGGUACCCACUCCCAUUUCAGAGAUGGAGGUGGCUGAGAGUUGUGACCAGAAACACCAACAGUGCUUUCAAAGUGGUCCCUGGCUCCACCAUGCUGGCCCAGGACCCUGUGUAGAGUUACAGCUUGCUCUUCACGUCAGUAACAUACCAGCUUGGACACCACCAUAGAAGCACCAGAGGUGAUGGGAGGAUCCAUCUUUGCAUAUGGUUGGGCUGUGGGUGGUGGGAGGAGGUGGGUUGACAGCAUCUGGCUCUGCUACUUUCAGUACCAGGCCCCCUCUCCUCAGACCCAGGGCCUUGGCAUGCUGUCCUGGAGCCAUCACCUGCAGGAAAACUUCCUGCUGAGUGAUGGGGUGCUGAGGAUGGGUGGAGCAGGCUCCUGCCAGCCCCGGCCCUUGCUAACACACUGAUGGUCUGUAAGUGGCUGCCUAUUGAUGAGGUGUCCAGUUAAAGAGUUCGUGAGACACUAAAUCAGCCGAUUGAUCCUGCUGAGAUCGAUGGUGCUACAGAGCCGAUCACCGCGGCGGGCAAUUAGCACCCUCUGGAAUGAGCUGCCUUCAUGUAACAUCAAAUGCUCCAGCAGACAAAUCCAAUGGGCCCACUGACCUGGGCACGCAGUGCUGCCCAGCCUGCACGCUCGAGAAGGGCACAUAGCAGGAUCCCCAAGCCGCUCUUGCCAUCCCUCUGGACUCCACUUGUGGACCUUUUGCAAGAUGCUCACCUGUGCCUGCUGCAUCCCACAGAUCGUGCUGGUGGCCACUCAGUCCUUGUCCUCCCCAGUGCUUGGAAGCCAUCCCACACCUGGCUUAACCCCUCAGUGGUCCCUGCCCCUGUCAGAGGAGCUUGCCCAUACCAGAGGGAGGAUCCAGCUUCUCGCUUUGCCCUCUUGCUGCUUUGGAAAGUGCUACACACAGGGAAAAAGUUCCAGGCAUCCCUCUGAGAGGAGCCUGGAUUUUCCUUUAAAAAAAAAAAUAUUAAAAAAAAUCAAUAAAUCUGAAUCUAAUCUCCUAAUAAAGGUUUAAU